AUGGGGGGUGCAAGGAAGAAAGGGGUGGUCGGAGCCGCGUCUCCAUGGCCUGACCACCCAUACAAUCACAAAGACCACGACCAAUGCGCCCAUGCAGCUGCCAUCCUCACAGAAACGGCAGAGCUGAAGCAAAUAGCUGACCGGACCCAGGGACUGCCUCCCAGGGACCUAUUCAUCCGGUUCAUGAGUUCAGUCGAAGACCUCGCAGCAAAGGUGCGCGACCGCCAAAGCAACAACGGCAGCGAAGACCACAACAGCCAGAAAGAGGCGCUCCAACAGAUCCAAAAUAUGUUAAACAAGCAGACAGAGGAGAUAAAAACUCUACAGCACUCUACACAGGCCCCCAAAGUGAUCCACAGCCCCCCAUCAUACACUCCCUCUGGCCAUGCAAAAUCUUAUUGGAAUGCGGCUCUAGCAAGUCACCUGACAUCAACAAAGUCUUCUUUGGUCUCAGGAUGGAUGCAGGGCAACACCAAUAGGCCUGUCAGUACAAAUGGAACACUAAGCACCUCUCCAAGCAGCCCAGCAACACCAUUCCCGCUGAAAACAGACCUGGAGAUCCAUAUCCAAAACACUGAUCGCCAAAUCGUUGACCCAUUGCGCCACCAGAAAGAGGCCAGGGUUGUGGAGCAAGCAGACCGUGCUAUUAAAGAAUCAAACAACAAUAUCAUUGCCCACUGGUCAGUCUCUACAGGCUGCAUCCUGCCCAGUGGAGACAUUAUCCUACAUGCAGAGAGCCUGGAAGAUGUGGAACAACUGGCUAGAGCAGCAAAAGACUGGUGCCUUGCCUUUGGAGACAAUGCAACCAUCAGAAGGAGGACUUAUCGUGUUGUCAUGAAUGGUGUCAACUGCCAGCUUGACCUAGUGUAA